AUGCGGGUCGUCGUCGUCGCGGGCACGCACAGUGGUGUCGGGAAGACGACGAUCGCGAGCGCGUUGAUGCUCGCGUUCGCGCGUCGGGGACACGCCGUCGCGGCGUUCAAGGUUGGGGCGGAUUUCGUUGAUCCCAUCGCGCACAGGGCGGCGCUCAGGGAGACGUGCGCGGAGUCGGAGAACCUGGACGGGUACAUGAUGACGGAGGCGUACGCGAGACGGGCGGCGGCGGCCAAGGCGGAGACGUGCGACGUCGCCGUGAUCGAUGGUGUGAUGGGUCUGUACGAUGGAAGAGAUGGAAUCUCCGAGGAUGGGUCCACGGCGCAGAUGGCGAAGUGGUUGGGAGCGGGGGUUUUGCUCGUCGUCGAUUGCAACGCCAUGGCUCGGAGCGUGGCGGCGAUGAUAAAGGGGUAUCAAGAGUUCGACGCCGAUUUGAACCUCUUGGGAGUCGUUUUCAACAAGACGGGCGGAGAGGCACACACGAAGUACCUCACGGAGAGCUUGGACGCGGCGAUGGCGAACGUUGAGGUGUUCGGAGGGAUUCCGAAGGAUGCGAGGGGAACGGGCGACUUCGCGGGGGGAGCCACCGCGAACGACGAUUCUAUUGAACAACAGAUUCAACACAUGGCGAUGUUGCUCGAGCAAAACUUAGAUUUGGACGCGCUGUAUGAGUGCAUGCCCACGUUUGAGGUUGACCCGGAGACCGUGCUGGAGUUGGCGCAAGAGCGAGCGGAACGCAGCGCUCAGGCAGAGGCUUCAGGAGCGGAGGUUCGCAUCGCGGUGGCGCGAGACGAGGCGUUUUGCUUUUACUACCCCGAAAACUUGACGAAAUUAGAAGAGGCUGGGGCGAAGUUGGUGUACUUCAGCCCCGUAGGCGGCGAUGCACUACCGCAAGACAUCCAGGGCGUGAUCUUUGGAGGGGGUUAUCCAGAGUUUCACGCACAAGCGUUUCUGAAAAACCGACCCUUGCGGUCGGCGGUGACGGCGUUUGCCACCGCGGGUGGUGUUGUGUACGCUGAGUGCGGAGGGAUGAUGUUCCUGUCGCAAUCGCUGUCGGCACCGGAUGGCAGUUCGCCGCGAUCAAUGUGUGGCGUUGCGCCGUUUGCGACGAGAUUGACGAGCUCUGUGAAGACUGGUUACGCCGAGAUCACCAUCGCCCCCGGGAACCCUUUGUUCAAAGAGGGAGAAAUCGUAAGAGGUCAAACGUUCCGCUACAGCGAAAUUUUCGGCGAUAGACCGAGCAAAAUGCGCGUGACAGAAGAUAAAAUGGCCAUCGGUUGGGGCGCGACGUACGAGGUCAGAGAGGAGCAGUCAUUCGGAAAGGGACAAGGCGCCGUCGAGCUCGACGGGUUCGCAUGGAACAACGUUUUGGUCUCGCAGAUACAUCUUCACUUUGGCGCAAAUCCGUCUCUGGCGUAUUCCUUUGUCGAUGCGUGUAGAAAAGUGUCGACCAGUGCGUAUGAGGCGGCGCACCGCGCAGCAAUGGUCUCUCGCCGGACAAUGAGCAAGAGCUUUGGACCGCUGACUCCGAUCUCUUCGGGUAAUGUGUCACGUUAUUACGAAGGAAACACCAGAGCGUUUGAGGAGGAUGUGCAUCGCGCGCUCUCUGCGGUGUCGGACUCCCCAGAGAAGAUCAAACACGUGUUGCCACCCAGACGUUCUCGGGCGACGUCACGCGACUUCCGAGAGUACUCUGUUGAUUUGGACUCCGCUGAGGGUAUAGGGAUGUUUCGCUCUCGAUCGUCGGCGUCGAUGCAAUCUCUCGGUGUGGCGGUUUCAAAGCUGCCAGGGUUGCCGCGAAAACAGUCGCAAACGGAGCUCGACGUCGCGUUACACGCGUACUUUGGCGCAUCUCAAGUCAUGCCCGACCACUUACACUCGCCGUCUCAGUUGCAGCUUCCUCUGCCGCAGUCCGUCGGAGCUAUAGUCUCACUAUCGCCUACGGCGACGUACACUCUGUACGCGCUUGGACUACGAGAUCGUGUCGUCGGCAUCACAGACGCGUGUGUGCUUCCGGAAGGUGUUGUGGAUCAUCCGAAGAUUGUCGCCAGACACUCCUCCACGCUGAUGUCUCCGCAGCAUAGCGCAAAUCUCGGCGAUCGAAGGAGAAGCUCGGGUGUGGCCUUGAAUGAUCUUGAGUUGGCCAGCGUGGGGAGCAUGCAUCAUGGAUCAAGCCACAACUCAUUGACACGCUUAGAAAAGCAAGCGCACAACAGCUCACAAGAUAAGUGGUCGUACUUUGACGUCAACUUCGUGCGUCACGCCGAGGCGAGGCUGAUUUUCACUCCGGACGUGUGCGCGGAUUGUACGGAUGUGCGAUUUGGUACAGCCAAGUAUCUUCAUGAAGCAGAGGUGUUCCUGACUACGGCAGAAUUCGAUUCGGACGACGAUGCAAUGCUCGAGGUGAAUGCGUCGAGACCGUCCAUUUUUCCAGUGGCGCCGAAGACGUUAAAUGAUGUAUUAGACGUCAUUCUCCAAAUCGGCAUUUUGUGCGGACUAAAGGACCGGGCGGUCACUUUGGUUACGCAGCUGCGAUCUCGCUUGCGCACCAUCGCCCGCGUCGUCGCCAGUGCGGACCAAAGGCCCAAGGUGAUGUCUCUGGAGGGGAUAAAACCCAUAGUCGCCGCCGGACACUGGCUCCCAGAGAUGAAAUCCAUCGCUGGCGGCGUCGAUGAGCUACACGAACCCGGUGCUCCACUUGAUCGCUUGCGAUGGGAACAAGUCUUGUCGUACGCACCGGACAUGUUGCUCAUCACACCUUGCUACUUGGGAAAGUCUACGGAUGAGACGAUGGAAAAGACUUUGGAGCAACUGGAACAUCUAGCGAGUCAGCCCGGAUGGUGGGCCAUUCCCGCCGUUCAGAAGCGCCGAGUCUUCAUUCUCUCCCACGAACUGACGUGUCAGUCUGGACCCCAGCUCGUCGAUGGAGUCGAGACGUUGGCUCGCGUGAUCCAUCCGGACUUGUUCCCGAUGGAGCUCCGUCAAGGAAUCUGCCUAAAGUUGAAUCUCGAGGAGGGAAAGAGCUGCAGACCAAAACAGCUGCGACAAUACUUCACGGAGUGGCGAUGA